AUGGGCCGCUACUCGGGGAAGACGUGCCGGCUGAUCUUCAUGCUCGUGCUCACCGUCGCCUUCUUCGUGGCCGAGCUGGUCUCAGGCUACCUGGGCAACUCCAUCGCUCUGAUCUCCGACUCCUUCAACAUGCUCUCGGACCUGAUCUCGCUGUGCGUGGGGUUGAGCGCCAGCUUCAUCGCGCGCCGAGCUGCCAGGGGCCUCCAGGCCACCUUCGGCUACGGGCGGGCGGAGGUGGUGGGCGCGCUCAGCAACGCCGUCUUCCUCACCGCCCUCUGCUUCACCAUCUUCGUGGAGGCCAUUCUGCGCCUGGCCCGGCCGGAGCGCAUCGACGACCCGAAGCUGGUGCUGAUCGUUGGGGCUCUGGGGCUGGCAGUCAACGUGGUGGGGCUGCUCAUCUUCCAGGACUGCGCCUCCUGGUUCUCCUGCUGCCGCCGUCGCCGCCAGCAACCGGUUGAGAGCGGCGCUCGUGGCGAUUUUGGGGAGCUGCAGGGUGUCGAGAGCCAGCCGCAGGCCUCCACCCGGACAAACUCGGCUGUGACUCUCCGGGUGGCCCCAGCAGAAAGGAAGGAGAAGGGGGCAACGGUGUUCUCAAACGUAGCAGGUGAUUCCCUAAACACUCAGAAUGAGCCUGAAGAAAUGAUGAAAAAGGAGAAAAAGUCCGCAGCUCUUAAUAUCAGAGGUGUCCUUUUGCACGUGAUGGGAGAUGCUCUGGGGUCUGUGGUGGUGGUGAUCACGGCCAUCAUAUUCUAUGUGCACCCCCUGAGUCGGGAUGCCCCCUGUAACUGGCAGUGCUACAUUGACCCCAGCCUCACUGUGGUCAUGGUCAUCAUCAUUUUGUCCUCUGCCUUUCCACUUAUCAAAGAGACUGCUACCAUCCUGCUCCAGAUGGUUCCCAGAGGAGUCGACAUGGAACAGCUGAUGAGUAAGCUUUCUAACGUGCCUGGAAUCAGUAGUGUGCAUGAAGUGCACGUCUGGGAACUUAUAAAUGGAAAGAUUAUUGCCACCCUGCAUGUCAAGUAUGAAAAAGACAAGGGCUAUGAGGACGCCAAUGUGAAAAUUCGAGAAAUCUUCCACAGUGUGGGGAUCCACAAUGUGACCAUCCAGUUUGAAAAUGUAGAUUUCAAGGAGACUCCACAACAGAAGGACUUGCUCUUGCUGUGUAGUUCACCUUGCAUUUCCAAGAACUGUGUGAAAUACUUAUGCUGUCCCCCCGGGGCCUUGCCCCUGGCCCACGUCAAUGGCUGUGCUGAGCAGAACGGGGGACCGGUGCUAGACAACUACGGAAGUGACCACCUCUGUAGAAGAGAUAUGAUGGAUGUAGCCAUUGAAGUAUCUUCAGAUAGCUGCCUGAGUGGCCAAACACCAGCUCGUAAAAGUGCUCAGGAGGACCGCCACUAUGUAAACAGCACUCAUUUUUAA